GACGUGCGUGUGCUUCCUUCCCUGAGCCCACGGUUGUUCCCUGGUGCUGUAGCCGGGGAUGGCGUCACUCGGUGCGGGUCUGCAUCUGUCCAGGAGACGGUCGUCAGGACGGAGCGCGGCGGUGGAGAGGAGGAAUCUGCUGACCGUGUGCAGGUUUUCAGUGAAAACUCUGCUGGACCGUUCCUGUUUUGAGACGAUCGAUGACUCUUCUUCUGAGUUCAUCAACUUCAUCUCCAUCAUGGAGCACAUCGUCAGCCAUAGACUCAAAGGACAGACCACCUGGUUUGGCUAUGAGAGCACUCGCAGUUUCUGGGAUUACAUCAAAGCCGCAUGCAGCAAAGUCCCUCACAACUGCAUUCGAAGCAUUGAGAGCAUGGAGAACGUGCGUUCUUCGAGGGCCAAGGGAAGAGCUUGGAUCAGAGUGGCUCUCAUGGAGAAAAGACUGUCAGAAUACGUGUCGUCUGCUCUGAGAGACUUAAAAACCACCAGGAAGUUUUAUGAGGAUGGAGCGAUAAUGCUGGGAGAGGAAGCGGGGCUGUUAGCAGACACGUUGAUUGGACUCAAUACGAUUGAUUUCAGCUUCUGUCUGAAAGGAGAGGUUCUGGAUGGCAGUGAGCCUUCUGUGAUCGACUACACCCCAUAUCUGAAGUUCAUUCAGAAUGCUGACAGUAUAAGCAGCGACGAGGAGGAGAUGAGAACUUUAGGGAGCAGUGGCAGCGAGAGCAGCACGCCUGACAAAAAAGCCACGGCUGCCUCCAUCUUUACUGAGCAGAGCAGUCUGUUCAGCAAGUGCAAGCGCUUCGAGCAGAAGUAUCGCAUGGCGCUGGAGCAGAAGGGCUACUUGGAAGAGCUGGUGCGUCUGCGUGAAGCCCAGCUGUCAGAGGCCAUGUCUCACAACAAGGCUCUUGAGCAGAACCUGGCAGACACACACCUGUCUCACACGCUGGAGAAGGAGCAGCUGGAGUACAUCAUUCUGGAACUGCAAGACCAACUAACAGUGUUGAAGAACAAUGAUCUACAUUCCCGACAAGAGCUGGCUGCCCACCUGACCAACCAGUGGCCUUCUCCCAACGCUUUAGAAGCCAAUGCGGUGGCCUUGGACACUCUGAUAUACCGAAAGAGCACGGGCCAAUGCAAGAGUCUAGACCAUCUGUCAGCAGAUCUCUCUGAGAUAUCCCAAACCCUCAGUCUUGAGGUCAGACCCACUGGAACACGCUGGCUCCACCAAGGUAAAGAGGAGACACCUUCUCUGAGGGGUCUCUGUGGAUCCCUCACGUCUGUCACCAGCUACAAAUCUCUGGCCAGCCUGAAGUCCAGCGAGUGUUUGGCUAGUCCUGCCACAGAAGUCAGCAGUCCAGGAGUCACACCAUCGUGAGGGGCUGAGCCCAGAAACCCAUCAGGACCUUUACUUUCUGACUCCCUCCUGAGCAUGGCGGCACGUUCCCUCAUUACCUGGGUCUCAUGCCAUUCAUACAAUUGACCCAAUUCAACUGUAUUUAUUUUGUACUGUGGGUAUUCAAGUGCCACAACUUUAAGCCUGUGUUUGACACUCUCCAGCUUGUAUUUUGAAAUUAUUCUGUCUCAGAAAUGUUGAUCCUUAUGUGCAAUGCAGUAUUUUGUUCUCAGGUAAGAUAGAAAUUUAUUUAAGCUUUUUGUAAUUUAUUGUGAAGCAGUAUUUCCGAUUCAGAGUCUGAAACCGACCGCCUUUAUUUAUCUCCCAGUCAGCUGCCCUUGAAUUAGGGAAGAGCCACCACAGGUUCCAUAACACUCUUCUAGUUCUGUUCAGGCCCAGAAACGACACCUGUUUGGUUUUCAUUCAUCGCGACUGAUCUAGCAGUACAGUGACCGUUGUGUUUUGUUUGUCUGAUGGUUUAAAUCUGUGUUACAUGAGCAGCAGUGAACGUGUGAACAAGCAUUCAGCGGCAGUAGUUCAGUAUGUAUUUGGGUGACUGGCCUUGUAGCUCAACAUUGAACUGCCUUCUCCUCCCAGCAGCUGUUUGCACUGAUAUGAAACUGGCCUUUUCUUUGAUUUAUUUGCCUUCAGUCUAUAUUUUUGAAUAAAGACCACUUGCCAAACCAGAAC